CUUUCACUAAGGGUUCCUGUAGUCUGAUGUGUCUUUCCCAAGGCCACAGUCUGUGUCAGGCCCCACCGUUUCGUAUGCUCAAUGAUUUUUGCCAUAAACCAAAGGACUGCCCAUGGUUUCACGGAGAAUGUCUUCUAACACCAACACUGGGGGUUUACAAGCCUCUCUCAAGCACGGAUUCACGCCUCUCGGUGCUGGGCUUCCGGACCGACGCCCCAUUGCCGCCGGCGGCCGCCCUGUCAUGCUGCCCAAAGUGGAGACGGAAGCGCUGGGACUGACUCGGUCGCAUGGGGAACAGGGGCAGAUGCCGGAAAACAUGCAAGUGUCUCAGUUUAAAAUGGUGAAUUACUCCUAUGAUGAAGACCUGGAGGAGCUGUGUCCCGUGUGUGGAGAUAAAGUGUCUGGGUACCACUAUGGGCUUCUCACCUGUGAGAGCUGCAAGGGUUUUUUUAAGCGAACAGUCCAAAAUAAUAAAAGGUACACGUGUAUAGAAAACCAGAACUGCCAGAUUGACAAAACCCAGAGAAAGCGUUGCCCUUACUGUCGGUUUCAGAAAUGUCUGAGUGUUGGAAUGAAGCUGGAAGCUGUGAGGGCCGACCGAAUGCGAGGAGGAAGGAAUAAGUUUGGGCCCAUGUACAAGCGAGACAGGGCCCUGAAGCAGCAGAAGAAAGCCCUCAUCCGGGCCAACGGACUGAAGCUGGAAGCCAUGUCGCAGGUGAUCCAGGCCAUGCCCUCGGACCUGACCAUCUCCUCGGCCAUCCAGAACAUGCACUCUGCCUCCAAGGGGCUCCCCCUGAACCACGCUGCCUUGCCUCCCUCGGACUACGACAGAAGUCCCUUUGUAACGUCCCCCAUUAGCAUGACGAUGCCACCUCACGGCAGCCUUCCAGGUUACCAAACCUACAGCCACUUUCCGAGCCGGGCCAUCAAGUCUGAAUACCCAGACCCCUACACCAGCUCCCCCGAGUCCAUCAUGGGCUAUUCCUACAUGGACGGCUACCAGACCAGCUCCCCGGCCAGCAUCCCCCAUCUCAUCCUGGAACUUUUGAAGUGUGAGCCCGAGGAGCCGCAGGUGCAGGCCAAGAUCAUGGCCUAUUUGCAGCAGGAGCAGGCGAACCGGAGCAAGCACGAGAAGCUGAGCACGUUCGGGCUGAUGUGCAAGAUGGCCGACCAGACGCUCUUCUCCAUCGUCGAGUGGGCCAGGAGUAGUAUCUUCUUCAGAGAACUCAAGGUUGACGACCAGAUGAAGCUGCUGCAGAACUGUUGGAGUGAGCUGCUCAUCCUGGACCACAUUUAUCGGCAAGUGGUGCAUGGCAAGGAAGGCUCCAUCUUCCUGGUUACCGGGCAACAAGUGGACUACUCCAUAAUAGCAUCGCAGGCAGGGGCCACCCUCAACAACCUCAUGAGUCACGCCCAGGAGCUGGUGGUGAAGCUGCGUUCUCUACAGUUUGACCAGCGGGAGUUUGUGUGUCUGAAAUUCUUGGUGCUCUUCAGUUUAGAUGUCAAAAAUCUUGAGAACUUCCAGCUGGUGGAAGGGGUCCAGGAGCAAGUCAACGCCGCCCUCCUGGACUACACCAUGUGCAACUACCCCCAGCAGACGGAGAAGUUCGGGCAGCUGCUGCUGCGACUUCCGGAAAUCCGGGCCAUCAGCAUGCAAGCUGAAGAAUACCUCUACUACAAGCACCUGAACGGGGACGUGCCCUACAAUAACCUCCUCAUUGAGAUGCUGCAUGCUAAAAGAGCCUAAGUCGCAGGAGCUUUGUGAAGGGAGGGGAACGGCAACAAGGAGGGAAUCGUUUCAAGAAAAAUACUCUGAACUGCUCCAAGCCACACUCACGGGAAGCUUGGUUGAGAGACGGUGACUUGGCAAAGGCAUAAUAAUCAGAUACUUGCUAGCGAAUAAAUGAUGUAUCAGGGUAUUUGUAUUGCAAACUGUGAAUCAAAGGCUUCCCAUCCCCAAAGGAUUCCACGUAAGAGGUGUUGGGAGGGAACGGACUGAACUCACAGGCGGAUGCUGACACUGUCGGAAUAGAAAUGGACAGAACAGUUCUUGUAUAUUUAAAUUGAUCUCCGCUAUGAAGAAAUGUAGGAACCCAUCUGUAUCAUCAAUCAGGCAUGUACAGCGUUGGGCGAGGGGGGCUCUGGGAUCACAGGCCUCCUCCAAGGGACAGCUGGACUGGCCUGUCUACAGGGGAAGCUGCACCUGCACCUGCAGUGGCCCCUCAUGUGCCCUGGGACCUCAGAGUUCUCCACCAGGGCCUACAUUCGGCUACACGCUUAGUAGCUGCUCCACCUGAUCGCGGAAAGCCUAGACUCGACUGUACCCUGGACCGCAAGCAGCCCAAGAGAACAGUCUGUUUAAUACGUUAGCGUGCCACCUACAAGAAGCUCUCGGGUUG